UGGAAAACCAAAACUACAACAGAUGUUGGAAAAAAACUAUACAAGCAAGCAACUACAAGCGACUGAACUAACAGGCAAAGCUCACUGCUCAGAUGAAACGAAACGCCAAACGCAAACGGCAGAAUUCAGUAAUCAGUAGCACUAGUAGUACAUACAUAAUAUAGGAACUAAGAAGUGAAGGUUGUGCUUCCUGAUGCUGUAUUAAUUUGAAACAAGUUAGAUUAUUCUUUUUAAUUUUAAAAUGUUGUGAUAGUGUUACAUUUGAAACUCAGAAAUUAUUUAUCUGUGAUAUUUAGUUUUCUUCUGUUCUGUUGUGUUGUUUAAGGUUGUGAACUCAGUAUUAAAAUGAUGGUUGUGAAUAUAAGUAUUUUGUUUAAAUUUGUGAGGGAAAGUUAAGAAAAUGACGGAAUUCGCAAGUAGUGCUCCUGCGGGUAGCCUGCAAACUCUAUCUAAGGUUAUCCGAGCACCAUCUUUAAAGCGAGGGAAAAUAGAAGAGCCAAUGAGCCUUAGGGUGAAGCUAGAGCGGGUACUUGGGCUGACGGUAUCAACCAAUGCUGGUCUCGACUGUGAUCCUGCCUCAGAUACCAUUGCCUACCCUGCAGGAUGUACAGUGGUGCUGUUCAACUCAGCCAAGAAUCGGCAAAGCCACCUGCUGAACCUGUCUCGCAAAACUGUGACCUGUGUCAAGUUCUCGCCAGAUGGGCGGCUCCUAGCUACCGGUGAGAAUGGUCACUUGCCCAAUGUCCGAGUCUGGGACCUGGCAGAUGGCUCACAGGUUGCAGAGUUCCCCGGUCACAAGUACGGCAUCAGUUGUGUGGCAUUUUCUCCAAGUCAAAAGUACCUUGUAUCAGUUGGUUGUGAACAUGAUAUGAUCGUUAAUGUGUGGGAGUGGAAGUCAGGAGUCAAAGUCGCAUCUAACAAAGUAUCCAAUAAAGUGAAAGCUGUAGCAUUUGCUGAUAAUGGAAACUACUUCGUCACGGCUGGGAAUAGAUUGGUUAAAUUCUGGUACCUCGAAUAUAGCCGUUCAGCAAAGUACAAAGAACCUGUACCUUUGAUGGGCAGGUCAGCUAUACUAGGUGAACAGAGAAACAACGACUUCUGCGAUGUAGCUUGUGGCAAAGGAGAGAUGGGGGACUCAACAUACGCCAUCACCAGAUCAGGCCUACUUUGCGAGUUCAACAACCGUAGAUUACUCGACAAGUGGGUCGAGCUCAGGACACCCUGUGCCAACUGUAUGACUGUAACCAAAACUUGUAUAUUUAUUGGAUGUGCUGAGGGAAUCGUCAGAUGUUUCAGCCCUCAGACCCUGCAAUACAUCACCACACUGCCCAGGCCUCAUUAUCUGGGUGUCGACAUUGCUCAAGGAACUAACAUAAGCCAUACAACAACACAUCCUAAUAAUGCAAAGUAUCCUGAUACCAUUGCUGUGACAUAUGAUGAAAAAAACCUGAAGCUCACCUGUGUCUACAAUGACCAUAGUCUAUACAUCUGGGAUGUCAAAGAUAUCAAAAGGGUGGGAAAGACACACUCAUUCCUGUAUCACUCAGCCUGUAUCUGGGGUGUGGAAAUGUACCCAGAUGGAGUGGCAAACCCUGCCAUGCCAGCAGGUUCCUUCCUAACAUGUUCCAGUGAUGACACAGUCCGAGUCUGGAACCUAGACCACCCUGACCCCCACACCAACCCCAACUACAGGAAAAAUAUCUACAGCAACGAAUUAUUAAAAGUAAUAUAUGUUGAUCCUGACAUGAACUUUUUAAAAGAUUUGGAUAUCACAAAAGGAGAGAAAGGUGAUUCAGCAUCAUAUGAUGGACGAAAUGGAGUACGUUCGAUAAGGAUAAGUCCUGACGGAAAACACCUUGCGUCAGGUGACAGGGAAGGCAACAUCAGAAUCACAGAUCUUCACACAUUAGAAGAGCAUGUAAGGAUCGAAGCCCAUGAUGGAGAGGUUCUCUGUGUAGAGUACAGCAACACCAAUGACUCACAUAGUAAAUAUCUGACUUCUGCAUCCAGAGACAGGCUAAUCCACGUUUUCUCUGUUGACGAGGGCUAUAAACUUGUUCAGACAUUGGACGACCACUCAUCUUCAAUAACAGCUGUACGGUUCCUCAACUACAACAACCAAUUGCAGAUGAUAUCCUGUGGUGCAGACAAAUCCAUUAUCUUUCGCACUCUUGAUCAGAAAAUGUCAAGGGAAUCUUCAUUUAGCAGAUAACGGCAGCAAAAAACGACUCUGUACGACAUGGAAGUGGACUGUAGUCAAAAGCAUGUAUUAACUGCGUGUCAAGACAGGAAUAUUCGUGUCUACAGUGUCAAUACCAGUAAACACACGAAGACUUUUAAGGGUGCUGUUGGCGAGGAUGGUUCUCUUAUCAAGGUGACGAUGGACCCAAGUGGUAUCUUGGUGGCCACCAGUUGCACAGACAAAACUCUCAGUGUUUAUGACUACUACAGUUCAGAGUGUGUAGCUACUAUGCUGGGCCACAGUGAGUUAGCCACAGGUCUACGGUUCACAAGGGACUGUCGAAGGCUCAUUUCUGCCUCUGGAGAUGGUUGCAUUUUUGUAUGGAAAAUGCCUCACGAUCUCGUCGUUACUAUGAGAGCUCGUCUAGCACAGCAAGCUGCCAGAGCUGGAAAACGACUGACCCAACUUGGGAUAACAGUAGGAGAUGGCGAAGAAAAUGAUAAUCCAUCUGUGGACAAUCUCAAUGCCAUACAUACAGUCAACAGUGAUUCAGAGUAUAGGUUAAAUAUGGGACAGUUACCACAGUGGGCACAGAAGUCAAUCCUCGAUACCAGUGUGCCCACUCAUGACAACAAAACUAACCGAGCGGUGGAAGCACCCAAGGGGCGCUGGGCUACUCGGGCCCUUGAACCAAGUCACGAAGUUCCUAUUCAUGAGAGAAACUUUUACUCAAGCUCAAUUAAUAAAGAGAGACGUCUGGAUUCCGAUGGCUCAAAGGAAGAUAGUUCUAUUGACAGCGGAACUGAAAUUUGUAGAUCUUUCAAGCAAGAGAAGAGGAGAGCAUUUACUAUAUCCCAGGUGACUGGUAUCAAGGAGUCCAUCCUGAGAGCAGGAGACCAGGAUGAAACUGCUCAUCAUCGGAGUAGGCAUCAUACAGAUGACAGUUCUCUGGGAAGUUUUAAGUAUGAGGACCUAGAGAGUACAGAACACGAUGGGGACGUAGAAGACAUGUCAGAGGGGGAGUCAGUAGAAGAGUCGAGACAUCAGUUGAUCUAUUACCCACCACCAGAGGAUACCAACAGUGACUAUACAGUGAACGCAAUGGAUGUAGAGGAAUUGCGUAAGUCCCAGAGGCGAGCCAAGCGACCAGACCUUCUGCUUGAGACAACACAGUCACAGUCAGUCUCUGGUAGUCAGGAGAGUGAUGAUGAUGAGCAGGCCUCCACUCCCAGUGGUGAACACUCUGACAGAAAACUGACAGCCAGCACAGAGAGCCUGAACCUGCUGAGUCGGAGAGAAAAGGUUCUAAAAAAUACCUUCGAGUCAUUAAGUGGUGCUGAAAUGGACAAAGAGCCAUCUCCAAAAAGUAAAACAACAUUAUCAUCAAGGUAUAUGUCAUCAAAUGGUAAUAGGAACAGCAACGUUAUUCAAGCUGCACGUCACACUAAGAAUGAUGCCCAAACAACAAGUAAACGUGAAGAACUGCAGAGGAGGAUAGAAGAAACACGAAGACAACUUCAAUGUGUUGGUUACCGGUCUAAUUUAGAAACCAGUCAGAGUAUUCAAGAUCUAAGUCCAAGAGGAAUGCACUAUCAUGAUGCCAGGAAAGUGCCCUCAUCGAAAAAUUUUCAAGUUCCAAACAUAGUUAUUGAUGCAGAUGUAAGUGGUGGAAUCCGCCGAGCUUGCUCGCUAAGUGACUUAUCUAACUCCCCCACCAAGCAGCGGUCUGUGCAUGGUCUCCCCACCUCAGGUGCAGCUGAAAAGUCUGUGAAUAUGAGAAACACAAGGAGCAGUGGGAGACACUCUAAUGCUAAGAGUUUAGGUUCCAUCAUGAGAAGCACCUCGGUUGGCACCUUAAAUCAGAGUGAUUCAGAGAGUGAACAGAGCCAGAGUCAGUCGAUACGGCGAAUGAUGAGGCCCACUAUUUCAUCCCUGAACAAAGUCAUAUCUGGACAGAAGAGUUCAGUAAACCGGCGCAGGGGCAUUACUAGCUCUUACUCCACUAUGGCACUUAAUAAACCAGACAACGAGGAUUCAAGUUCUGAGGAAGGAAAAAAUAAUAGAACAACACAACCUAGGAGUUCAAGCACUGAUCGGUCUGGGACUUCGAUUGGGGGAGCAGCAUUACGUCGCCCAGUGACGUUAGGGCGCAGUGGCUCAGAACGUGAUUUAUCACACUCACAGCGCUUGUCAUCCCGGCCCACCACCAAGGCUCAACGAGGUGCUUCAGGCAUGGUUCGGUCUGCCUCCAAUUUGGAGGAUGCAACAUCGAAGGCUUCGUACAAAGUUGAUUUUGAAAACACACCAGUGCCACAGUUGUUAGACAACAUGAGAGACCAUCUAUGGUAUGUGGAAGAAUACAUGCAACAUAUGCAGCGAAGACUGGCUGAUGAGAGUGUAGACUCAACAGAGCGUGACACAUGGCUCAGCAGCUUCCAGCAGAGUGUGACAGAGCAUGUGCGCAGUAUACACCGACUGCAUACCACCCUGCCUGAUGCCAACUCUGCAUCUGGCCGUGUAGGAUCCGAUUCCGGAAGUGGAGGGGACAUGGUCUCACUGAUGCAUCAGUAUUCUGAUAUACUCAUUUCUAUGGUGCACCAGAAAAUGGCAGAACCUAAGAAAUGAGACUGUUUAUCGUUGUUUAGAUUUUCAAAAUGCCAAAACUAGUUAAUGACUGUUUAAGUAUAUUUAAUUGUAGUUGGAUACUUUGACUCUAUGUCGAUUUUCUCUUUGUUUUGUUUAUUUUCUGCUUCAAAACAAAGUUUAAGAAAAGCAGUAUUGUUACAAUGGAAUUGUUUAAAUUUUUGUAUUUGUCAGGUUGUACUUGUAAAUAGUUUUUAGUAACUUGCUAUAUCUUACAAAAUACAAAAUUUCCUCAUUUGGCAAUCAAGGAUGUCAUACGUGAGGCUGUUAUAACACUUUUUUUUAAUUUCUAUAAACUUAAAUAUUUAAACUAAUCCGUAUGAGUAAAGAUGAGUAAAGAUAUUUUUGAAAACCCAUUGACAUCAAUUUUAUAUUAAGUAACCACUUACAAUUUAGUGAAUACUAUUUACAGUAGUGACUUGACAGAUAUAGGUCUUUAAACCAUUUAUAUAGUUAUCUAGAGGCAAUGCCUUUGAAAAAAUUAAGUUACGCACAGGUGACAUUCCACAUGCCACUUGCAUAAUCACGGUAGUGGCAGGUGCCACUUAAACGUACUGCAAUCUCAUUACUCUUAGUAUUUAAUUGUAUAUUAUAUCAAUAUUUUCUUACCACAAUAUCAUACACAACCUAAGCAUUUUGUAUAAAGUGUAUAUUAAGUUUGUGUUUUGUACAAAUAUAUAUUGCAUACUGAACAGUAACUCAACCGGUUUCUGUAAAUGCGUGUCCGAUCAUCAUGUGCAAGUGUUGCCUCUAGCUACAGUGCAAAAAGAAGCCAAUCGAUCGGUGAUACAGCUACAAAUGUCAAGUUAUACAUUUUUUAUACGUUUUUUGCCUCCUGGAUUGAUAUUUUAUUAUUAAAUUAAAUAAGGUUACGUCCGUUUCCAUCAUCAAUCAAUCCAACUUGUUUUGUCAAUGAUGACCUCAUAGUUUCGGGAGCACUGUGCCCCAUUAUCAAAUCAUGUUGUAAAGUAAAUACAAAUCAAACACAUUAAAAUAAAUACAAUUACACAUCACUAGUGAAUAAUUGAACAAACACACACAAAUGGAAACAUUCAACACAACGAAGAAGUUUAGUUAUAAUUUAAUUUACAAGCAUGGCCGGACAUUGACAGGAACUAACUUACAUUGAAAUGUUGACGGAAAGGUACAUAACCUUAUUUAAUUUUGUGGUUAUAAAUUUUGCAGUACCAGUUUUGUGGUAUUGAUUACUAUUUGAUAACAGGCCUUGGUAUCUGCAUUAUGUUUGCUAUGUAGCAAGUAUGCAAGUGGCACAUGUGCGCAUGCAACCAUAGUGGUUUGUCUGCCUUAGUGACGGUUUGACGUAUAUGUGGUAUAGAUUUUCCCAGUUGAAUUAUAAAAUUAUUUUAUUUUUGUAUUAUUUGAUAGCUUUUUUAUGUACUUCUUUUGACUUUUUAAUAUUGAAGUUCAACAGGGUAAUUUAACUUUUUAUAAAUUUUUUUAUAAAACUUUGUUUUUAAUAGUUGUAGAUAUUACACUAAUAAACGUCUUUCAGGUCAAAAGAACACUACCAUACGGAAUUAUUAUAAAUUUGAUUUUUUGUACAUUUAGUUAACACUUUAAUUUCAUGUUUUAGAGUCGUUGAAUUUCAUCAUAAUCUAAGAUAAUAUAGUUAAAACUAUGUAAAUGUUCUGGAAUGUCUUAAUUGUUGUAUUGUUACGGUUUAUAUAUAAUACCUUGCUGUUGAAAGUGGUUUCUUUAUUUCAUAUUUAUAUUGUUAGCAUAAUGUUUUCUUAAGAUCCAUAAUAUUUUGUUAAAGUUUGACUAGGCCUAAUCAUUGUUAUUACUUUUUCUCUUUUUAAACUGAAACUUUGUGAUACAUAAUGAGUGUUGUGCUGUAUGUGUAAAUUUAACUUUCUUCAUUAACACAAAUCAAAAUUAGAUCAAAUUUUUAUAUUAUUCAAAGGAUGAUGGUUAAAAUGUAUCGUGCAAUUUUAAUUGGAUGCUUGGUGGUAAGUAUGAUGUUUAAAUAGUUACUUGAAGUAAAGGAAAAAGUAUUCAUACUUAGCUGUUGAUUGAAACAUAUAAUAUUCCUCUCCUUUUGAAAAAAUCAAAUUAAUACAUCAAUUACGACCUGAGAGUUUCUAAUUUAUUAAUGAGUUUAUCGUGGUUAAAAUUCAUUCAAAGGAGCAUAAUAUCGACAACAAAAGACAUACUCAGUGUACAUGUAUCCUACUACGUCCUGUACCCACACUUACAUAAUUCAGUAUUAUUAUUUCCUUAUCUUAAAAAGCUUUACAGUGUUUUAUUGUCUGUCAAAGUUUAUUUUGUUAAGUUACAUACCGUAAUUAUUUAUUUCAAUAAGUUAUAAAAUAUGAUAAGGUUUUAAACUCUGUGAUUUGGGGACAGUGUUUUGUAUAAAGGUCCUCAGUAGCCAUUUUUGUAUUAUAGUAGAUUAAAUGAAUUUACUGAUAAUAGUAAAUGGAAUGUAGAUGUAGAUGAUGCUCCAUAGUAAACUAAUUGCACAGUAGACUAUUUGUAGAAAGCAAAUGUAAACAAUGUCUACAACGUAAAUAAACAAGUUUUCUAAACCAAACUAUAAUAUUUAAUAAUAUAUGAAUCUGACGAUAUUUAAAAAUAUAAACAGUGGGUAAAUCUUUGUUUAGUAUAAUUUAUUGAUGUUGUAAAUAGCAAAAUUGUAUGAAUACUGCAUAACAAUCAUCAAGUUAAGACAUAAUUAAAAAUGGUUAGGAUACACUCUCAGUACUUAAUAUAUGAAAUAAAUAUAUGAUGUUUUGAAAUACUCAUGUAUUGUUUUUGAAGUGCAAAUAUCAGUACAUUUUAAUUCUACAACGGAAGAGGGAGAUGGGUUUGGCAGGCUUUUCAUUUAAGUAUAUAUCCAACUUUCAGUUAUUAUUAAGUAUAAAUUUACUACAAAGUACUAAUGUUUCUUUCUUAACAAAGGGUAGUUGACAAACACGGACAAGACAUAAAAAUAUAUGAAUAUUUCCAUUAUGUAUUGCAUUUUUACGUCUGCCAAUAAAUAAAACUUUGAUGUAAUAAAUAAAAUUGUCAUGUGAAUAGUUAAUAAAUUGAUAAUCAAAUCAUAAAAUUAGCAGGUUUAUUUCAAAAUAAAUCAACAGAAAAUCUGCCAUAGACAGUUUUAUUGCAAGACACAUAUAGUAGACAAAUACUCGGUUGUAUUGUAUAUCACAUAUGGAAUGGACAUACAAGCAAAUGUCAGCAACAUGAAGAGGAUAUCACUGCUACCACAUAGCUGUGCAUAAGGAAAGUUUUAUCCAUUUGUUCCACUUGUAGUGAAUAUUUAUCAAGUGAGAUAACAACUGUAGCACAUGGGUUAUACCAAAUUGUAUCAACUUGUUAUGUUAGUAGAAUAUAUUGAAAACAAUUAACAGCUCCUCACAACUAUUUUGUAAUACAUAAACUAAUGAGAUACAACAAUAUAUUUUAAAUCACUUAAAUCCUUUUUCAAGUCUUUUACCCUUUCAAGUACAUUGGCGUACCACAUAAGCGAUCAGUAAAACCAGCUUACAUUUUAUACUCUUUGGAAUAUUAGAAUGUGUCAGAUUAAGAAUCGUUUGUGUGGAGCAUUAUCAUAGCAUACUUGGUUUUACUCAUGGCAACUCAGUUAUUAUUCCAUUUUUGGCCUUUACCAGCUGUUAAUUUUUUGUAAACAAAUAUGUAAUAUCGACACAAUCAGAAAUGAGUGUUUUUGAUGAAUCAUUUCAAACAAGACAAGGACAAAAGGAAGAUACACUGUACUUACCAUGGUUAAAGGAAAGUCUGUACCACCUUCACAUGCUCUAGAGUUGUCUGAAGACUCUAUUUCAAUUUCACAAAUAAAUUUAAAUCAUUAGCAAAAAUAAAACAAAAAACUGACCCAAUGGUUCUUAAUAAGCGCACGUCUUGAGACAUGGGCCUCCAAAACAUCUGAACAUAAAUAGCAGACCUGGCAAACAAUGGAAUCAUUCUUGACUUGACAAAGGCUAACCAAGACUUUAAAUUUAUUCAGAAUUGUAGAUUCCACAUGAUGCUAGAUUGGUUGAAUCAUGGUUGGAUUCACCUGGUCCAGCUUAUAACCAUAGGUAGGGGAUUACGGGCCGAACACUCUCCCUCCUGCCAACAGGUGAUCAGGCUUCUAACCUUCUCAGUCAGAGCCACUAACAAUAGUGCAAAUUUAGAGACAAACCUUCAGAAAACAUUUAAAGAAAUUCUUUCCAUUCCAAUAUCCUUCAGGAACAUGUGCAAAGACUUCACAGGAAGAACACUUGCUCCAACUUCUAUAGUUGUCUCGAGGUUCCAGAUUAGCCAAGAGGGACCUGAUUCUAUCCAGGAAGUCCAUCUCCUAUUAAUACCAGACCAGCUUUGUUGUAUUUCCUCAGCACUGGGUGACAGCUUAAUACAAGCCUCAGAUAAAUCUUGUAGAAUCAUAGCUUUUGAACUGUUGACAUGAACUCGUUGAGAUGUUUCUCAUAAGAAGUCAUUUUCCACUUACUAAUCAUUCACUAACUCGAUGUCAAUGUUUUCUUAUAAGCUUCUAACUAUACAGUAAAGUUCUUAUGGAUUUACUUUUUAUACAUGCUGCUUGGCAUGUAAUAGUGAGUUAUUGAGCAUCUCAGCCAUAGUAUAUUCAUUCAGAACUUUUUCCAUUGUUUAAUAUUGAAAGGAAAUAAGACUUCGCGGUCCAUAAGAUUUGAGCAGGGACGUCAUCCCCGGAAUUGAAUUGAAUUAUAAUUUAUUUCAAAAAUAUUCUUAAGAAAAAUUAAUAUAAGAUGAAACAACUAAUUCACAAUAAGUAGUUAUAAAAUGAGUUACCUUAAGUUUCCAUUAUCUUAUUAUUAAUUAAAUGUUUACAUAACAAAAAACACAAUACACAUAAAACUGAAGUAGCGGCUUAUCGUGGCUAAUCACAACAAAAUAAUUGCUGAAAUUAUCAUGAACAAGGAAAGUGAUUCUGACAGUGGUAAAAACAGCUAGAUGGAAACACUGUUUAGGGCACUCUUACAGAGAAAAACCCCACCAGUUAAAGGGUUAAAUUCAGUCUGCCAUUAGAUAAGGCUGACAGUACAGCUGGUUUUACAAAAUCUACAAUAUGAGUGGAAAGAUAGGAUUGCUGAAAAGUGUAAUUUAAAGAGUGUAUUCCCAAUCUUGGCACAAGGCUGAUAAAGUAGGGUUGCUAGCUAACAUCCUACCUUAAGGAUGAAGAAAGAGAGAAAAAAAGCUGUGGGUAAAGCCAGUGUGUUGUUACGCUGUGUCUUAGUUAAGUAUGUCUAAACCACAUGGAAUAUUUAUUUGUUUUUUUUUUGUAUAGGCCUAUAUUCAGGAAAUUAAUUGUUAUGUUAGGCUAAUUGAUUGUAAACAGCAUUCAAGCCAUGUGCAUGAAAAAUAAUUCCUUUAGUGAAACUAAGAUUUCAGUGGUUUAUCACCAAUACUCUCAUGAGAUUGAUGAGACAGUGAGUUGUUAGCAAUGCUAGAGUAUGCCUAAUAUUUUUUAUACUAACAAGAAAGGUAGAGAGAAACUACUGCCAAACGCUUGAUUUUUUAUUUUUAAACAUUUUCAGGAAUUUUUAUAGUAUGUCAUAUGGAACAAGGAAAAGUUUGUGCCAAUCGUGUAGUGCUUUUUAUUUUCUAUAUAAUAGGAUGGCCAUACUCUCAACUGGCUUCUUCUGGAUUCUUUCACUGGCUUAUUACCCAGGACAGUAGAACUCUCAAAGGGUCAAAUUAAUUCACAUAAAUACAACUUCUCUCUGUUCAUUUGGUAUGAAUUAAUGAAACAUGCCUUUAUUAAAUAGAUGUUUUUAGCUAUCAAGCCCUCUCUACCACUUAUCAUAUACAGUACAGUUACAAUAAUUGAAUGCAGACAUGGUAAAUUAUAAACAAAUACUUUAAAUAUAUAACUUACACAAACUUAAAUGAUAAAAUGAACUUAUAAACAAAUACUUUAAAUAAAUAACUUAUACAAACUUAAAUGAUAAAAUGAACUUUAAGUAAAAUUCUAUAUAUAUAUAUAUAUAUAUAUAUGAAUUCAGGAAAACUUAAAAUUCAGAAGACACAGAUAAAUCUAUUCAAUUGCUAUAAUAAGUUCUAUAUAUUGUAAUAAAUACAAUAAUAGCUUAAAAAUGAAAUAAAAAAACUCAACGAAACAUUCAACAACCAUUCUAACACAAUGGUGACAACAUGUACGCCCCCCCCCCCACUUCAACAGGCCCAAGCAACAUGUUGCUCUCACUCUGAAAUGGUUUCGAUCCUCAAUAUAUCUAAUAUCAUUGCAAAGGCCUGAACAGUAAAUUACUUAUUAUUGUUGAUCAAUGAAUUAGAAUUGUUAGUAAUGUGGUUUCGCUACUUGUAGAGCAUUCGUUGAAACCAUUUCUUCAAGAUGUUCCCCAAUAUCCAUUACCACAUAUUCAAAAAGUUUAUUUCUACAUCCAUAGUUAAGUGAAUGGAGAUAAAGUGUUAUUUGUUGUCAAAAAUUAAUUUAGUUUACUGUCUUCAAAAGAAGACAAUGUUAUUAUACCACUCCUCCUCUAAAUCUUCCAUUGUUGAAUCAGAGCUUUCUGCUUAAAUGGUUCCAUAAGAUGUUCUUGUUAUCCCAUUAUACAUAAUAAAACAGUCCACUGCUUUAUUUCAGACAGGAAUAUAUUGUUAUAGUUAAAAAAACAAGUAAUAUAACAGUUGAUACCAUUUCAAAAUUCCUUUAGUUUUUACAGUAAAUAACAAAAUGUCACAUAUAAUUUUUGUAGGUCUAAGGUGUUCUCAAUUUAUGAAACAGUGCCACCAUCUCAUGUUCAUUUCGUAAAAAAUAAAUAUUAGUUCUGAUUCACUUCAGCUUGAUAUUGAAUUAAGAGUUAAAACGUUUAAAUAAAAUGUGUAACUAUAAUUAGGUUUUAAGUAGUUCAUCAUCCAUAAAAAUUUUUAAUGGUAUGUUAUUAAAGCUUGAUAUAAGUUAUCUUUUUUUUCUUAUUGUUUAGUUUGACAAGUGAUCGUUUUAAUGAUGCAAAAAUUGUAUAAGUAGUUAUACUUCUAAAGAUUAUUUUCAUUCUUAACCCUUUGAGUGCCACAAUGGAAAGUAAAUAUUUUUGACUGUAGUUUCUUUCUUAGUUCUUGGGAAUCAUAAAUACUUUAUGAUAAGUGAAUUUAAUAAACUGUUAUUUAGACUUUAUGGGUAAAUUUAAUAAUAAGAAUUUAAUAAUUAACUAUCUUGAUACAUGUACACAAUUGUUUUACUAAGUUCCUACACAAAUGACAUUAGAAAAUGGCAUUUUUAGAAAUACAGUUGAUUAUUACAUGUGUGACAAAAUAUUUGGUUGUGGCACUCUAAGGAUUAAGAUCUUAACUGUAUUUUUGUAAAAAAUAAAAUUUUGGUUAGUAGUUAUAUUAGAAAAGUGGGCCGUUUCUGUCCUUACUACAGAUCUUGGCUUAACAAGAAUUUAGUUUCAGACUUUCCUCUGUAUCUCAGCGUGUGGGCUUGAUUACCAGUGAUCUUACUUUAUGCCUCAAAACAGGUUCUUAGUUAUUCAAUACAUUUUGAGAGAUAGUGAAUCCACUAAUUGGUUGUGAUGAUAUUUCAACUAAUUGCAUUAUAGAACUCAAGAGUGUGAAUUUGGUAUAUCGUCACCCUUUUUAUGUAGAAAUAGUUUUGUUUUAAUUUUUAAUUUGAAACCUAAUUAAUACCAAUGUAAUUUGAGAUUUUUAUGAUGUUUAUUGAAAUAUUGGAAUCUGAAUUACUAACCAACUGUAUUGAAAAUAUAUUAUUUCAACUUGA